UCCCGCGCCUCGCCUGCCUCCGGAGCCCGCUCCCAGCCGGCGGCCUCCCCGCGCCGGUGUCGGGCCGGCCCCCCGGCCAUGAGCGCGGCGCUGGGUGUCCCCCCGCCGCGCCGCCUUCCCCGCCGCCCCCGGCGGCUGCCGGGCUCCAGGAAAGUAGCUUGAUGAGUGUCCAAAGUAGCAGUGGAAGUUUGGAGGGGCCGCCAUCUUGGUCCCGGCUCUCCACGUCCCCACCGAGCCUGCAGGGCUGCUCCGCGGCGGCGGCGGCCUCCCAGCUGUACGGCGCGCCGCCCGGCAAGCCGCCCAAGGAAGGAGCAAUGGAUGAACUUCAUAGCCUGGACCCAAGAAGACAAGAAUUGUUAGAGGCAAGAUUCACAGGAGUAGUAAGUGGCAGCACUGGGAGUACUGGAAGUUGCAGUGUUGGAGCUAAAGCCUCGACAAAUAACGAGAGUUCAAAUCACAGCUUUGGAAGCUUGGGAUCUUUAAGUGAUAAAGAAUCAGAGACUCCAGAGAAGAAACAGUCAGAACCUUCCAGAGGAAGAAAAAGAAAAGCAGACACUCAGAGUGAAAGCAGCCAAGGAAAGAAUAUUGGGGGACGUGGUCACAAGAUUAGUGACUAUUUUGAGUACCAAGGUGGAAACGGCUCGAGUCCAGUGCGAGGCGUACCUCCUGCAAUCCGCUCUCCUCAGAACUCACAUUCCGCUCCUUCUUCUGUUCGACAGAAUAGUCCUUCUCCUACUUCAUUAGCUUUUGGGGACCACCCUCUCACACAACCAAAGCAGUUAUCUAUUAAAAUUACUCAGACUGAUCUUACAAUGCUGAAAUUAGCUGCACUAGAAAGUAAUAAAAAUCAAGACUUGGAAAAGAAAGAAGGUCGUAUAGAUGACUUACUCAGGGCUAAUUGUGAUCUUAGAAGACAAAUAGAUGAACAACAAAAACUACUUGAAAAAUACAAAGAAAGGUUAAACAAAUGUAUUUCAAUGAGCAAGAAGCUACUAAUUGAAAAGAGCACACAGGAGAAGCUGGCAAGCAGAGAGAAGAGCAUGCAAGACAGAUUACGCCUGGGGCAUUUUACAACAGUUCGUCAUGGUGCUUCAUUUACUGAACAGUGGACAGAUGGCUUUGCAUUUCAAAAUCUUGUGAAGCAGCAAGAGUGGGUGAAUCAACAAAGGGAAGACAUUGAAAGGCAAAGAAAGCUCCUGGCCAAGCGAAAGCCUCCAACUACAAAUAAUUCUCAGGCACCAUCUGCCAAUUCUGAACCCAAGCAGAGGAAAAAUAAAGCUGUGAAUGGGGCAGAAAACGAUCCCUUUGUUAGACCCAAUUUACCACAGCUAUUAACUCUAGCAGAGUACCAUGAGCAGGAAGAAAUUUUCAAGCUUCGAUUAGGACAUCUCAAAAAGGAGGAGGCUGAAAUACAAGCAGAACUUGAACGUUUGGAAAGAGUUAGGAAUCUUCACAUAAGAGAACUGAAAAGAAUAAAUAAUGAAGAUAAUUCACAAUUUAAAGAUCACCCCACAUUGAAUGAACGAUAUUUGUUACUCCAUUUACUUGGCCGAGGUGGCUUCAGUGAAGUAUACAAGGCUUUUGAUCUUUAUGAACAAAGAUACGCUGCUGUGAAGAUUCACCAGCUUAACAAAAGCUGGAGGGAUGAAAAGAAAGAAAACUACCACAAACAUGCCUGCAGAGAGUAUAGAAUACACAAAGAACUGGAUCACCCCCGAAUAGUUAAACUGUAUGACUACUUCUCCCUGGAUACAGAUACGUUUUGCACGGUUUUAGAAUACUGUGAAGGCAAUGACUUGGAUUUCUAUCUCAAGCAACAUAAAUUAAUGUCAGAGAAAGAAGCUAGGUCCAUUGUAAUGCAAAUAGUAAAUGCACUACGGUAUCUCAAUGAGAUCAAGCCCCCUAUUAUACACUAUGAUCUUAAACCAGGUAAUAUCCUUCUUGUAGAUGGAACAGCAUGUGGAGAAAUAAAAAUUACUGACUUUGGUCUGUCCAAAAUAAUGGAUGAUGAUAGCUAUGGGGUGGAUGGAAUGGAUUUAACUUCACAGGGAGCAGGAACUUACUGGUACUUGCCUCCAGAGUGUUUUGUAGUUGGCAAAGAGCCACCAAAGAUUUCUAAUAAGGUUGACGUGUGGUCAGUUGGAGUAAUCUUUUUCCAAUGCCUUUAUGGUAGAAAGCCAUUUGGCCACAAUCAAUCACAGCAAGAUAUCUUACAAGAAAAUACAAUAUUAAAAGCCACAGAAGUUCAAUUCCCUGUCAAACCUGUUGUAAGCAAUGAAGCCAAGGCCUUUAUCAGACGCUGUUUAGCAUACCGAAAAGAGGAUAGAUUUGAUGUCCACCAGCUGGCUAAUGAUCCUUAUCUUCUCCCUCAUAUGAGGAGAUCAAAUUCUUCAGGAAACUUGCAUAUGACUGGCCUAGCAGCAUCCCCUACACCACCUACUUCAAGCAUUAUUUCGUACUGAAAUUUCUCCAGCUGAGGAAUGGAAUGAUACCUUUGUUUAGUUUUCAGAUGCAGACUUGAGCUUGAGAGCAUUUGAGUGUUUUUACACAGGACAAGUUUGAUAACUGUGUUUUCAGACUGAAGUCCUCCUACAUAGUGUCAUUUGUAUGAUUGGAUGGAUCAUGGACUGUGAAUAAAUGUACCCUUCUGAGAAACACCGCUAAACAUUGAAGGAUGAAGGAUGACACUUUCUGUUACAAACUAGCAGGUAUACUGUGUUUAAGACUGAAGAAAAGGUUUUUAGUUUUUUUUCUGGGGAACAUUGUAAAUAAUCUUUUUAAUACUUAAAGUACAUUUGGUGGAUACUGGAAAGUUCUAACAUGAAGGGUAGUUUUUCAUUAUUUAAAUAAAAAAGGGUAGUGAGCAAAUUUGAAAACGCAGGAAAAAUUGUGCCUGGUUACAAACUAAAUGA